UCCUAAAAGUCAGAAGUAGAAGAAAAGCUUCUCAUGCUUUUUCUGAUGACGUAUAUAUGGCUUCAAACUACAGUUUUCUUAACAUCAGUCGGGAACAGUAGCGUGCAGUGAUGACGGCACUGUUAAUAGCUGUCAACACUACCCUCGAAUCAGGCUUGAGCAAGCAGAUAUAAAGUCACUGUAGAGUGUAUGUGAACAUACAAUCUUCAGUCGAGAGCUGUCAGAUUCUAACAAUCCAAGAUGUUGUCCGUUAUGUGUGGAUUUCUUUUGUUGAACACCGGCCUUGUGGCGUCUUCGUAUAACACAUUUUUGAAAAAGUUUGAUGUUCAACCAUUGGUGGAACAAGCCGAUGAAGACGAUGUUUCCACGUGGACCGAUCACAGCAAUUUUCUCGAAUGCUCAUAUCCUACCGAUUGUACAGUAAUACAGAAAUGUAAUCACACAAAGAGCGGCGUGUACCGAGUGUUUCCGUUCGGAGUGGGAAAAGGCUUCCUUGUGUACUGUGACAUGGUGACGCAGGGAGGUGGAUGGCUGGUGUUCCAAAGACGACAAGAUGGCUCUGUUGACUUCUAUCGGAACUGGCAGAAUUACACUGAUGGAUUUGGUAACCUUUACGGGGAGUUCUGGUUGGGCCUGCAGAAGAUUCACCUCCUGACCUCUCAGGCGCACUUUGAGCUCCUCGUGAAUCUGGGAAACUACACCUUGGAAACGGGUUACGCUUCCUACAGCAGAUUUCGAGUGGCAAACGAGCCUCACAACUUCCGACUUUUACUGGGUGCAUUCAAGGGGAAUGCCGGUGACUCCUUGGCUCUGCACAACGGCUUGGAGUUUUCCACAUAUGACCGAGAUAACGACUUUCACAAGAUGAACUGUGCUGCAUCAUGUCACGGGGCCUGGUGGUACAAUAGUUGCCAUCGCAGUAAUCUGAAUGGGCUCUAUGUUCAUGUGAAGGAGAAGUCCACAGUAAAUACUUCGUCAGUCACGUGGUACGAAUGGUCGUCUAAACAUCUCCCUCUUCAGUUCAGUGAGAUGAAGAUACGCCCGGUGAAAAUCCACUAAAUAGACGAUACUCGUGAUUGUUUAUAAAUUAUGGACGAAGAUAGAUCAAAAGUUCGUGGUAAUUGUUCAUUUUAAACUUUAACUUGAUCUUUCUUUUUUUUGUUCCUGUUUUUAACCUUUUCAAAUGAUUUUAAAGCCAAAAAUGUCCAAUAGCUGUAAAUGACUUAUGUUAUAUUUUAUCAUAUUAGUAGGAUGAAACUCGGACUAAAGAAAUAUAACAUGCCGUAAGGAUAAUCCCAAUAUGCCCAAUGUCAAGGGAGAAAACACAAAAAUGAUAACUUUUUAGAAGGAACUAUUUACAAAACAUUAGUCUGUACUGGAGAUACACUCGUAAUUGUAGAUUUUUGAAACAUAAUAAAGGAGGCGCUAACCUACAGUUACGAAUGUUUUCUUCUAUUUAUACGACACCACAGAUCAAUGCAAUCAUUGUACGUAAUCUGUCAAAAAUUGAGAGUUUAUGUAUGUGCAUAACAAUACAAAUACUUGGUGAACGCGGUUAGCCAGAUUUAGACAGAAUAUCUUUAAUAUGAAA